AUGAACGCAUCGAUUGGAAUGGCUCUACGCCGAGGAGUGCGACCAGCGGCUCUUUACAGCUUCAAGAGCCACACGCACCGGUUGUCGGUCGCCGCGACCAUUCUGCUUAGCCUCCCAUUCCUUUUCGUUGUGGCUGGAGGUCUCCGGCAGAUGACGUCGUCAUUGGCCCAAUUUCCCGAUCGACGACCCCAGCGACGACUUCAGGGGCCACCACUAACCAAUGACGGUAUCAGGGAUGCGGUCGACUUGUGGCAUUCCAACCGAAUCGGGGCUGAAGCUACCUAUGGUUUGAUGAGCCAGUGGGAUACCUCCCAAGUUACAGACUUCAGCCGUCUCUUUGAAGGAAGGGUCACCUUCAACAAUCCUGAAAUCUUGGCGUGGGAUACCUCUCGAGUCGUUGACUUUAGCUUCAUGUUUGCUGGGUGCCGGGCAUUCAACCAGAAUCUAGAGUCGUGGGACUUUUCAUCGGCUCGAUCCUUUCAUGCCAUGUUCAACGGGGCUGUGUCAUUCCAACAGGACAUGGUGGCCGGAGGCUGGACCCAAACCGCCAACGUGACCAUAACAGGCGCCAUGCUCAAGGGUGCAACAAGUUGGAAUGGAAAUGUCAGUGGGCUCGAUACAAGGAACGUGGUGGACUUAAAUAUGAUGUUCUAUGGAGCCCAUUCCUUUCAAGGCGCUGGCAUUGAAAGCUGGAAUGUCGGAAAAGCGGAAAGACUGGACCGCCUGUUUAUGGGUGCCUCUGCCUUCAACGGCGCGAUCGGUUCGUGGGCUCCCCGCAGUGCGACGACUAUGCACAGCAUGUUUGAGGAUGCUCUUCUCUUUUCGCAAGACAUCCGUCACUGGAUGCUCACGGCCGACCUGAUCAACAUGUCCAGCAUGUUUCGACACGCCCGUUCCUUUGACUACGAUCUGUGUUGGUCCACCGUCAAUCCUCGUGUCAUGGCUUCCGAUAUGUUUUGUGGCAGCCCCGGAUCAUUGGACGAGGCAUGCUAUAAUCCAUCGGUAGUGACGUGGUCCAAGAGUUGUGAUGCUGCAGAUGGAGACUUUGUUGCUUUCUACGGGGACAGCCACAUCGACAGUGCUCCCACUGGGAUGACAACAGGGAUCAACAAUGAAGUUUUGAUGGAAGCCGGGGCAAGUGCUGAAAGUGACCAUGAUGUGUUCUCGGCAAACCCCCAAAUGCGAGUAGUCGCCGCCGCCACGUCUUCCGCCAACGCAACAAUUCAAUCCUUGUAUCUGAUCUUUAUACUGCUUGUCGUGAUCUACACGAAUGGCUCGAUCUUCCCCGUGUAUUAG